AUGUUUCUUCUGAACUGGAGAAACAUCUACAUCUGUAGCAUCGGCCUCCGAUUUUUCUUCGCCCUUGCAAACUCAUACAUACAUCCAGAUGAGCACUUUCAAGCAUUUGAGCCCUUGGCGGCUCUAAUUUUCGGCUACAACACCCAUCUUCCGUGGGAAUUUACCGAUGCUUAUCCCGCCAGAAGUAUGGCGCCAUUGUUCAUCGUAUAUUAUCCGAUGAUGCUGCUCGCCUGCUUGGCUGGACUUGGGCCCAUGCAGACAUGGUAUUUGGUGCGGUUGACGUUGAUGGUAGUGUCGUGGAUGGUGACAGACUGGGUUUUGUACAAGAUGCUUCCCACGAAGCAGGAACGGAUCAAGGCCAUAUUUUUUGUCCUGACUUCGUAUGUUCUGUUGGUUUAUCAGUCGCACACGUUUUCAAAUUCUGUCGAGACCGUGUUGGUGAUGGCCGUAGUGUACUUGAUUAAUGAGCUACGGUUCUUGAGAUCUAUACCGAAGGAACAAUAUUCUGUGGCCGAGGUAGCAUACGCGGGACUACUGAUAGGUGCCUUGAGUGCGUUUGGUAUAUUCAAUCGCGUCAGUUUCCCGGCUUUUGUGCUUCUUCCAGCCAUAUUCUUGGUCGGCGCCGCUCUCCAAUGGCCGGUCCUUAUUCCGUGCCUAUUUGGUGCAUUUUCCUUCAUGACUUUUUGCUGUGUGAUUGUAGAUACCGCAUUUUAUCAGAAUAUUCCAGUAAUGACGGUAUUACAUGAGUUAGGAAAGCGUUCAUGGAUUGGCUACACCAUUACUCCACUAAACAACCUCGUAUACAACACUCUGGUCGAUAAUUUAUCAACGCAUGGUCUUCAUCCAUACUAUACUCAUGUUUUGAUCAAUUUACCCCAACUCUUGGGUCCGGGGUUACUCUUUCUCUUUGCCAAAGGAAAAAAUGUCUACUGGAAAACCACCCCGUUUCUUUCUGCAGCCGGCGGUGCGCUCUUUUUAUCGCUAAUUCCUCAUCAGGAACUUAGAUUCUUGGUGCCUACCGUGCCAUUGCUCUGCGCCUGUUUCGAUUUGACAGUUUUUGAACGGUUCACAAAACUCAAUGUAUCUCUUGUUAGCUGGACCUUGAAUUUGUGGCUUUUAUUUAACGCAGCUCUCGCAGUUCUCAUGGGCGUGUUUCACCAGGGUGGUGUUGUCCCAGCGAUGGACUACUUCCACCAUAUGGACUCACAGCCUGCCUCCAUUGUCUUUUGGAGAACAUACAUGGCACCUACUUGGAUGCUUGGUGACACAAACAACUCUACGCAAUUUGCUGUAAUUAACGAUGAUAGCGCACUGCUUGUCUUAGACAAGUCUAAAUUGUACACACUUGUGGAUACAAUGGGAAUGCUGUUUGAGACGCUACAAGAUGUUCUCAAUCAAUCGAAGCAGGCGCUGAAGGAGCUUUAUGUAGUGAUGCCUAUAGCGUCAUUCUCAGAGCUAUUCAGCGAAAAGCAAUACGAAUUGGUUUGGAGUUAUAGAUACCACAUGGACUUAGACCACCUUGACUUCAGCAACUUGGGUAGCCUACAACCAGGGCUCGGGAUAUAUAGAUCUCUUUUGUAA